UUUGCUUUGCCACUGGCAGGAGGCCAUUUCCCCUGCGCUGCUGAUAACCAGUGUCUCAACACCUCUUACUUUGUAAUGUAUUUCUGGUUUUCUGGUUUGCUCCUUUUGAUUUGCCACUGAUAGGAGGCCAUUUCCAACUGCUGCUGAUCACCAGUGUGCUAGUGUUUAUUUAUUAUUUCAUUAUUGUGGUUUUUGCUGUUUAUUAUUUCUGGGGAAAAUCUUUAUUUUAUAUUUUGUUUGUUUAUGUUACACUGUCAGAAGGCCCUUUAUCCAGCUGCUGAGAGCCUAUAUCUUACUCCAAGCUAUUGUACUUGCGUGUGUGUGGUUAAACCGUGUUAAACUAAUUGUCCUCCCUUGUUGUGUCUUUUCUAGGAGCUGAGGCUGACGGUGGAGGGGCUGCUGUCUUCCUAGUGGUGUCCCCUUUCUGGUGUGCUACUAUUCCUCACGGGUGCUGCCGAUUUGACCUUUGCUGUGUGUGUGUGUGAGUGCGUGGACACUUUUGCAGUGGUGUGACCUCUUCCAGGACGCCUCCCUCCUUAGCUAGCCAGUCCCCUCGCUGUUUGGAUUUGCUUUGCCACUGGCAGGAGGCCAUUUCCCCUGCGCUGCUGAUAACCAGUGUCUCAACACCUCUUACUUUGAGCUGAGGCUGACGGUGGAGGGGCUGCUGUCUUCCUAGUGGUGUCCCCUUUCUGGUGUGCUACUAUUCCUCACGGGUGCUGCCGAUUUGACCUUUGCUGUGUGUGUGUGUGAGUGCGUGGACACUUUUGCAGUGGUGUGACCUCUUCCAGGACGCCUCCCUCCUUAGCUAGCCAGUCCCCUCGCUGAAGUCCCAGUUGUGAUGGCUCAGAGGUGGAUGCUGUUAGCCAUCUUUGGCUCUCUUUCUACUGUAUCUGAAUGUGCCAGCCUGGAAGUUACAUGCAGAGAUGCCUCCAUACAUUAUGUCAAGAAAGUGAAAGUCACAUGCACCAUUGAUUAUUCAACUACUGUGGUCUGCGGUUUUCAUAAUUUCUCGAUCAAAAGCAUUGAAAACAACCUAGCUAAAUUGGUAAGCUGCAACGAAGCAUACAGAUGUGACACCAUCAUCACAGAGAUAUCCAUAAACAUCCUGAAUCCUCGCACUGGGGAGUAUCACUUCACUCUGGGGACAGACUGUGGAAAUAGAAGCACGUCUUUCAAUGUAACAGGAGUAAAUAUACCUAAAGGUAGAGGACCACCUCGUACAAAUGAAAUUGAUAUAGAAGUCCCUGCGAUUGGAGGUUUGGAUGGUAAGACCAACUGGCUGAACAUGUUGGUUGUAGGAAUAUGUGGCACUGUGAUGAUUUGUCUCCUCCUGGCCACUGUCAUCCUCCUUGUUCAGAAGGGAUAUUUAAAUGCCCCUCUUUUACAAGGUUCAAAACCAACAAAGCGAAGUUCACUUGACAUUUUGGCGAACUUCAACAAAGAGGAAAAGUGUUAAGAAGCCCACAGUGGACAGCACAGCGUGAUCUAAACAUGCUACUUACUCCCAGGCGUAUGUGGGAAACCCUUUUGUGUCAUAACCCCUCUGCCACUGAGUCUCAGGUUGUGUACUGACAUUUUGAGUUGUUGAAGGUCAAACAAAAGGUACUCAGUUGUAAACUAACAGCCAGGGGUGGAGCUACAGUACAUUGGGCUGUCCUUGUUAGGCUAGUCUCUGACAAUGCAGACAUAUCUCCUGACGGCUCCAAUAAAAGUAGGCUAAUAAGCCCUAGCCUAGGCUACUUUAUAAAACAUAAUUGCUGACUGUGUGCGUUUUGCCACAGCUGGUCAGGCAGAGGCAGGCUACGUUGCCUGAGUGGAGAAUAGAGACAGUGCAGGAAAGGUUGAGGAUUGAAUAUUCCAAACUAUGUUUGUUUGCUGUGCAUUCAGACAUGAUUCAUCUUCAAUAGCACAAUGGCUUCAUUUCUUAAUUCAGAGCUAAUGACAGGCAGCCUUAGUGGGCUAAAGGCUAAAAUCUAAACAAUUACAACAAAUAAUUGCACUAUUCUGUUAAACUUGAGUGGAUAUCAGAAAGAAACAUAGUUUUUGCCAUAAAUCCUGUAUGAGAUUAAAUAUUUGCAUGCAAUAUUUGUAGUACUUAUUAUUGUUCUUUGAGUUUUAACAUAAUUGAAAUAAGACUGAUUAAGCAAGGUGCAUUAUCAUAAUGUAGCCUACUAUGCUACUUUUUAAAAGCAUUGACCUAAAUGCAUGUGUUGGAGUGGACAACAUACUGUUUAAUGGAAAGCUAUAGUGUUUAGGUUUUACAACUGUGAAAACUGUGAAGUUUUGUAGGCCGUUACUUCGGUUGUUGGCAUAUUUGAAGUAUUUUCUCUUCUAAAUAAGUUCAACCAGGUCAGCUAUAUUUCUGAACUUAUGUUUAUUGGAAAUCUGGACAUAUAGCAGUUUUAAUUCUCAAGUGUCACCCCAAUAAAGUCUGGACCCAGAUGGCCCCCGAUAAAAAUAAUCCUGGCUAUGCCCCUGCUAAAAUUCUUCAUUCUGAUUGUAGUUAUUUGUGAAAUGUAUUUGCUUUUUUGUUAAGUUUUUUAUAUUUGUAUAGAAAUCAUUAUUCUUUGGAUUCUUGCACUGAUAAUCAAUUUGCAUUGCUCCCUCAUGCUAAUAACCAUUUGUACCUGUACAUUUACUGUAUCAUAGCAUAUUAUUUUCAUCUCUCUUUAUCUACUUGUGUACAUCUGUCUGUGUUUGCCUGUGUACAUUAUUUUUUAUUCAACUAUAAAGAAUAUCAUUAUUUUCCAGUGAUUUCAUCUACUCGUUGGUUAAACCUUGUUCUUUUAUUUUUGUUUGUUUGCAUUUGCAGUACG